GCACGGGAGAGACGGAUUUUUGUUAUUUUUGAACGAUAAAUUUGUUGGUCGGUUGAUAGUUUAGCAGGUUGUUUUUAAGUACGAGAUUUGUUUUUUGUUGGUUUUUCGUGGUUUUCUGAUAAUUGAACCAAAAAAAAAGAAGAAGAUAAUUUACGCAUCCCAGUCGUUUACGAUUUUUAAUAAAAAGUGCAUGUGUUGUUGCAGUGACCUUGUAACGAAAGGAUUAAGGAUAUUACCAUUUCAUUGCUCGACAGAGAACAAUUCAAAGAAAAGAUGAGAAUCGUAUUAACCUUUGUUGGGUUACUGUUAACAUUUACACAGCUAACAAUCGCUGAUGACGUCGAAGUGGUAAAGGCUGUUUCACCCGAUGAAGCUUCCGAAUUAAAUGACAAUCCUGAUCAGGUGGCUUUGGAAUCGAUCGACUCUGACGCUUCGCCAUCAAUACAUUUACCUCUCACUCAAGCAGCAGUUUCAUUAAAUCGGGCCAACAUCGGACUGGGGCAACCAUUCGGGCCGCCACCUCCACCACACUUAGCGUACGUAGGACCGCCGCCUCCAAUACAAGCACAUCAUCAUCCGAAUGAUAUAAUUCCGAACGAAAAGCAUUUUCCGCUACCGUCGUCCAACAACGAAUUGUGGGCGUCACCGAUAAGUGAUACGCCGAAAAUCAUCUCGCUGGAUGUGAAAUGUGAAAAAGGUGGAAUGAAAGUGUUUAUUCAAUUUGACAAGCCGUUCUAUGGCAUCGUCUUCUCGAAGGGACACUACAGCAACAUAAAUUGCGUUCAUUUACCAGCUGGACUUGGGCGGUCUUCAGCCACAUUCGAUAUUGGAAUUCGAGCAUGUGGUACGUCUGGAAAUACUGAAAACGGUCUUUAUGGCUAUGGGUCAGAAUCGGGGUCGGGAACAUACUUCGAAAACAUUGUUGUCAUUCAGUACGAUCCACAAGUUCAGGAAGUGUGGGAUCAAGCCAGAAAGUUACGUUGCACAUGGCAUGAUCAGUACGAAAAAAGUGUCACUUUUAGACCGUUCCCUGUUGAUAUGCUAGAUGUCGUUCGAGCUGAUUUUGCUGGUGAUAAUGUAGGAUGUUGGAUGCAAAUUCAAGUUGGUAAAGGGCCUUGGGCAUCCGAAGUUUCCGGUUUGGUGAAAAUCGGACAAACGAUGACUAUGGUACUGGCUAUUAAAGAUGAUGACUCCAAAUUCGACAUGCUUGUUCGCAAUUGUUUGGCCCAUGAUGGUAAACGUGCUCCGAUCCAAUUAGUUGAUGAACGAGGCUGCGUUACCCGUCCAAAGCUAAUGUCCAGAUUUACAAAAAUCAAAAAUUUCGGCGCUAGUGCAUCGGUACUGUCGUACGCUCAUUUCCAGGCAUUUAAGUUCCCCGACUCCAUGGAGGUUCAUUUUCAAUGUACAAUCCAAAUCUGUCGCUAUCAAUGUCCUGAUCAAUGUUCUGACCCCGGUAAUUUGGAUGUGCAUCGUUUGGUUGCCGGUCCUGAGUCACAAUAUGGCCCACCACCACCAUUGCCAUUAGAAGCCUAUUUACAUGGAGCAGGUAGACCGAGAGACGAACGAGUUCGACGAACUCGGUCCACGGAUCCGCAGAAAGAAAUUGGAUUAAAUCGCAUCAUAAAAGUAGUGUCGGUGGGUGACCUAACUUUUUCCAUUGACGAACAAAAUUCCACCCAAUCGACAAUGGUCUUUCCGUUACGAGAAGAUGGUUUAAUAUGUAUGACAACGCCAGGCUUUACGAUCACAUUGGUAGUGCUGUUGGGCAUUCUGUUCACAUCGUGCCUGAUAUCAGCCUAUUUGUACGUUAGACUGAGACCGUUUUCGAUGUCUGAAAAGGAAAGAGCUAUUGCCUUUCCAGCACCACAUCCAGUGACCACCGUACAGCAGCAGGUACUUCAUGGGCAACCGAAGAAAAGAUACUGUUUCUAUUCGUAGGUUUAAAUUGGCAAUUUGGGCACCACUUGAAGAGCCUCGGAUUAGAUUGUCUAGCAUUCAAGUGGAUAUUGCGUAAGAUGAAUUCAAUAGACUUAUAAACUGUAAAUAAUGAUUUUGUGCGAGUGGAUCCAUUUUGUGUGUGUAAUUUAUUUAUUGUCUGAUUGUAAGGUGCAUGAAUUUUGUGUUGCAAAUUAAUUAAGGACAAAGGUAUUGGGACAUUAGUUAUGGUAAGUGAAUCAUUGGUCAUGGUUUUGUAUUUAAGUUUAAUCUACAAAAUAAAUUUAUGCAACGGUCGCAUGGUGCUGUUGGAGUCAAUGGUAUACCACUUCCAACAACUUAAAAUUUAAAACACAACGAGAGCCAAACUAAACAAAAUCCAAACUUUUCCCAAUGUUUUCGAUCAUUAAAAAAAAUUGAAGUUGUCAAGCCAACGUUUUAAAGUAUGUCGCAAAAAAAAGCUCUCGGAAGCCUUUCAAUAAAACAAUUUUGUUAUUCAACAACAGUUUGAAUUGUACAGGAAAAUUAGUAUGUCAAUUACUCCUCAGCCCGACGCGGCGUAGUACACGGCUUUGUAAUUAUAAACAAAUGAACCUAAAUUAAUCUGAAGGCUCGAAGGCUGACAACCGUAUUUUUUAUCGUUUAAGCAGAACUUUUGCUACCAUCAACUUUUAAAUGGUUUCCUGCAUUGAUGCUAGUACGAUAGUAUCUCUAUUUUUGAAGCUUUUAAAAGCACAUUUCAACAACUUAAAGCUCAAAACACACGACCAAAAUUUUCUUUGUUCUUUGAUGCUUAAGGAACCAAAGAGAAUUUUGAUCAAAACACGUUUUCGAUACACGUGUGUUUUGAACUUUAUAUAACGCAACUCAGAAGAAAGUUUUUUUUGACCUGUGUGUGUGUGAUUGCAGCCAUACAUGAAGGAGGGAUAUAUGCGACAAAAUUGAAUAUUCGUGGGACGAAGGAAACUCUAUUGGCAACACUGAUUUUGAGCAAGUUGGAUGACAAAAUCUUGUGAGACGAUGGUGUAGCGCCGUAUAAAUUUUGAUAUGCAAAUUGCUCAAAAUCAGUGCUACCAACACAUGUUCCUUCAGAGCCUACGUUUUUAUCUAUAUAUCGUACAUAUCCUUCUGCUUCAUAUAUAAUUGCAACCAUUGCCUUCAUCUAAGGAGCUGAUAAACAUAUCCUUUGUUACUUGCAAAAAAUGCAUUGGAAAAUCUUAAAAAAAAAGAGAAAUGCUCAAAUUUAAUAAAGCUGAAAUUGCUUAAAAAUGACCGAAAAAUUGCUCAAAUUCGAAAAACAAAUUCCACUGAGUUUCCAUGAAAACUUUCUAAAAAUCCCCUAUGAUUAUUUAAAAAAAAUCCUUUGUCAUUCAAAAUGAUUUCCUCCUCUUGGUUAGUCUAAUGCCUGCAAGCUCCACACACACAAACUAGUUGCGUAAUACAAUAAGUCCAGGGGAAAAGUUAAAAGGAUAUCAAGUUUCCGGUGGAAUUUGUUGACCUGAGGCGAGAUCGAGAUCAAUCAUCGCAUGAAAAUUUGACUUUUCCACAUUCUUCAUACGCAUAUAAAACUAUUGCAAAUAUUAAUGGUGCCGAAGGAGACGUUAAUCGAUAAAAAGUACAGUUUUGAAGCCUGAACCGUGAACACUUAACUGGAGAAGAACAAAUUAAAAGACAACUGGAGUGUUUUUUUUUUUGUCAGCGGCCUCGCCACAGAUCAAGAAAUUUCGCAAAAAAAGUUAAUUUUUCUCACUUUUUUCUUUGUAGUUAAGUGAAUAACCAAUAUAUUUUGAUUUGUUGAUCGUAAAGUGAGAUUAUGGGACAAACUCCAAAUUUUUCACUUUUUUCAAAAUUCAGAAGCUUUUAAUAAAGCUUGGAAUUGUUUCGACAAUCGAAAUGUAAGUUUAAACAUUAAUAUUGACCUGAAUUUGAUACUCUUUUUGUAGUAUAAAAAAAUUAUCAAAAUGUAGCAUUUAAGAUCGAAUAUAAAUUUUAUUUAAUAAUUUAUUUAUUUAUUAUUUAGUUAUAAUAAUUUUAUAAACAACAAAAAAUACAAAUUACAAAAACGUGUGCAACGCACACACACAGCGCAUUUAUUUAAACAUUCACUUCAUUUUCACAUCGAGUUCACAGUCAAUUCAGUACAAACAUUUUUCAGUACCUUUAUUCACGGACUAUGUUUUCCAAGGCUCUGAA